UCGAGUUUCAACAAGAGGUGGACGUAGUUGUAAUCCAAUUGCACAUGAUUCUGCAAGAGAAGGGAUUCAAGCAGACCAAACUCAAAGCGGCACUCAAGUUUCAUCUGUCAAUAAUGAAUCCGCAGAACAAGGUUCAAAUGUGCGUGGAAUAACAUGCAGUAAAGGUGCCCGGAAAGCAAUGAGGAGUGCUAAAUCACGAUUGACGGUAAAGUUUGACUUUGACCUUAUGCAAGCAAUAUGUGACAACACAGAGGUUUUCAAUAAUGAAGUUGGAUAUAUCCUGCGUACGUAUUGCGGCCUUAAGUACAAAGAAUGGAGGUUUGUACCUGAAGAAGAAAGAGCACCACUUCGUGACAAACUUCGAACAUUAUUUGAUGUUGAUUUGGAAGAUGCAAAUGUCAGAAAAGCUAUUGAUAAACAAAUGCAAAGAGCUUGGCAUAACUAUAGACGUACGUUACGUGAACAUUUUAAAACAGUUGGAGGUGCAGGUGAUCUGACGAAGGCAAAGGGUAAGCCUUAUGAGGGUGUUAGCGAAUCGGAUUGGGAAUAUCUAUGUAAUUGCUGGAGCGACCCUUCAUAUCUG